AGGCGGCGAAGAUGCGCUAUAAAGUAGCGCCCGGGAUUCCCUGGCCACGUGUCUGCUCUCAUUGUUUAGGCUGAGCAGUAGCAGGUAUCACUGCUACUGCAGCUGGUGGGGGGGGGGGAGAGGUUAGCUUCUUUUAAAACAUCUAUCUCUUACUGUCAGUUGUGGUCCUUUAAACCAUGACUUCGGACGUUCAAAAACCUUCGGAUGCUGUUUGCCUUCACCCUAAAAUUGCCCGGGAGAAAACGGAUUUGUGCCGGAUGGUUACCGCUCCCAAGACCGGCAAAUGUUAUUGCCGAGGGCGGCUGCUCGGAAAGGGUGGAUUUGCAAGAUGCUAUGAAAUGACUGAUCUCUCCAGUAACAGAAUAUAUGCCGUUAAAGUUAUUCCACAUUCCAGAGUGUCAAAGCCUCAUCAGAAAGAGAAGAUUGAAAAGGAAAUUGAACUCCAUAAAUCCCUGUCCAAUAAACACAUAGUGAAAUUUUACCAUAACUUUGAAGAUGAUGAAAAUAUUUAUAUCUUUCUAGAGCACUGCAGUCACAAGUCAUUAGCGCACAUUUUGAAAACAAGAAGAACGUUAACAGAGCCAGAAGUCCGGUAUUACCUCAGACAGAUUAUCUUGGGCCUCAAGUACCUCCAUGUUCGGGAUAUUCUUCAUAGAGAUCUCAAGUUAGGGAAUUUCUUUGUUAACGAGAACAUGGAAGUGAAAGUUGGAGACUUUGGCUUGGCAACUAAGCUUCUACCAGUUGACCAGAGGAAGAGGACUGUCUGUGGUACUCCAAACUAUCUGGCACCUGAAGUACUAAACAAACAAGGUCAUGGUCCUGAGGCUGACAUCUGGUCUUUAGGCUGUGUAAUGUACACCAUGUUGUCUGGCCGGCCUCCGUUUGAGACCUCUGACCUCAAGGACACCUACAGAUGCAUUCGAGCAGUUGAGUACAGCAUGCCAUCGUCUUUUUCAGUUGCUGCAAAGGAUCUUGUCAGUAGCAUCCUGAAGAAGAACCCAGAACAAAGACCUACACUAGAUGCAAUUAUGCAACAUGACUUUUUCACAAAAGGCUUUAUACCUGAUGUGCUCCACCCAAGCAGCUGCUUAAUGGUUCCAGAACUGAACAUCCCAGCUCCCACUAAAAACUUCUUGAAAAAAUUUACCGAAGCUUUGUUUUUUAGGAAGAAAAAGUCAAAAGAUACUAAAACCAUUUGUGUGGAAAAGGAUGAUAUUUCCAAGCUUGCUGCAGAUCUUGUAAAGACUUCCAUCCACAGACAGACCAGCUAUAAAACUGAGAAUACACCUGAGCAUACAUUUCCCACUGGCCAAACUGCAAACACCUUUUCCAGAGGAACAGAAAAAGAUUCAAAGUUAACCACUGAACCAGGAGGUGCUAACUAUGAAAGUGA